UGGACUCCUCCGCUUGUUGUCAGCGGAGCGCUCAACCUUAGCUUUCUAACCAAAAGUAUGAACGCGAUGAUAGCCAGUACGGUGACGCUACAAAAAGUGAAUACAACCACAUUCAACCAACACAGAGUCCGAGUUAUUGCCGUAUUAAAGGCCUGUCUCUUGACACAAACCACAGAGCCCCUGGUGGCAAGCAAGCAGCCUUUCAAGGUGCAGCUGAAGGCUGGCAAGCGGUAUUCCUGGUGUGCCUGUGGACAUAGCAAGAAACAGCCUUUCUGUGAUGGAACCCACAAGAUGUUAGCCAACAAGAUCCCCCCAUUGCGCUUUGUGCCUGACGAGGACUGCACUGUGUGGCUGUGUGGAUGUAAACACUCUGGGAGUGCCCCCUACUGCGACGGCACACAUAAGCAGGACUUCAUCCAGAAGGCAGAGCUACCAACAGCUCCACAGUCCUAACACAGUGUCCAGCUGAAGCCGAACUCCAUUUGAGCUCAUUUGAUCAUGUACACUCAGUCGUCACUGUUAUGCAAUUGCACCAGUUAUGUACUUUGCUAUUCCUUGUUUAGAAAUAGUGAAAUAAAGUUAACCACCUGAUUAUGUAAUGGACUAACAGGUGCCUCAUUAACAGUAUCUCCAAAGGAAGUUUCUCUCAGGAGCUCUUACUGAUGGACUUAAGCCAUCAGGGAAAUAUAUUUCUAAGAAAAUAACUGUAUCAAGGCUUGAUUUGACUAUUUUAAGGCCUGAAAUGUUAUUUGAUUCAUGAUAUUGAUAUUCAGUUAAGUGAAAAUUGCAGACAUUGAUCUGGACACAACUGACCAGUGUAUCUGUGUACAUGUAUCAUCUAUUGCUUUUAAUUGGCGGAUCUGCCUUACCACACGGCAGUGACUGAGGUGAAUAUUGUGAUGUAUUUGAGGUAAAUGAUUUUCUAGAAAUUAUUUCUCUGUGCAAAAGAGACCGCAUCAGCCAGAUGGUGUAAUCAUUUAUAAUACUGGUGUUAAGUGAUAGUUGUGUACUGUGUACCUUUUUCUCUGAAUCCGUAUUGAUGUCAAAGUUUAAAUUGAAUUCAUUAUAAGGAAGUGUCA